AUGAUAAUACCAACAUAAGACUUACCUUAUAAUUCUUUGUAAUAGGUAUGAAUUUUGAAAUAAUAACAAUAAGUUGGGACAAAGAGAUUUAAAUUAAGAUGUAUUUGAUUUAAUAUAUUGGGUCUAAUAAGAAAUAUUAAGUCCAGAAUUGUUGCCAUAUUAUGAUGUUUCAAAAAUAUAAGAGGCUUUGAAAGGGUAAUUGGAAUCAAUUCAAGAGUUGAAGAAAGAUUUGUCUAAACAUAAUAAACAAAGAGACACUUAAUAUUUAACAUUACAUGUAAUUGAAUUAGAGCAAAUAUAAUAUUUUUAUCAAUAAUAUUUGCGAACAAGGAUUUAGAAGUUAAUUUCGAAAGCAUUUUAUUAUUAUAAUAAUAUUGGAGAAUAUUAAAUAAGUUUGAAAGAGAAAGAAUUCUUGAGAACAUUAGUUGAGAAAUAAGCAGACUAUUUAUUUACAAAUUGUUUAUAAUAUUAUCAGAAGACUUAGAGAAAUUUCGGAGUAAGAUUAGAUAAUCAAAAUCAAUCGUAAUAAAGUUAAUAGGAUGAUAAAAUCAGUAAAAGCAAGUUCAAUAUUAUGUAGAUGUUGAAAAGCCAGAUACAAAUAAAUACGUAGUAAUACAUGUAAAUACAUCAAGAACUAUCCAUAUUGGGUCAAUGUAAAUGAUUAAUAAUAUAUAAAAGAGCAUUGAGUGAAAAUGAUAUAGCGCUAGUUUCAUAUGAUGAUAUAAAGUAGUUUAAAUAGAUUAUAUUUAGAUUUAUGGUGCCAAUAAAGAGUGUGACAUUGAUUUGAAAUAAUAAUAUUAUUUUUUGAUC